AUGUCUGAAUACGAUGUCCAUCAAAGCUGUCUUAUAUCUCCUGAAAAUCCCUCUCUGAUCAAGUUAUUAUCCUCCCAUUCAUCAUAUCAACAUCCCCUCCGUGUGAGAGACCACCCUGUCACCCACAGAAGCAUCUCUCCACCAGUCGGAUACAGCCAUGGCAGCUUUCUCAUCCGUAUGGGAACUGUCCAGGACAACGAACGAUUUGAUAGGCAUUUCAACAGGUUUUCUUCAGGCAGCAACGACUGACAAUGUUCAACCCCUCGCAUUAUUAGCAUGUGAAAGCUUUGGAGCUACUCUGCCCAUGAGCUACGAAACCCGCAAGACUGUUGGCGCUUUGUGCUCCCAGGGUCAUCAAAGCCAGAUCAUCGAGCAUUUGAAGUUUCAAGUGGGAUGGCGCAAUGGUGAUAGUGGUUGGCACCUUUCUCGAAGUGAUGCUGGCCAGCGGUUCCUUGGUCUAGCAGCAUGCCUCCUUACAUUUGACCAGUGGUCUGCUGCGCAGACGUUUCAAGAGCUCAUCAUUGCUACUGCUGCCGAUAAGCUGCUCGUGCCCACAGCAAGACAGCUUCAAGACCUUCUCACGUAUCUCGAAUCCCGGUUAGGGCGUUCAGACUUUUCAACUAACGUCGUAGGCUGGCAGCUCCAUAUCGACAAUAUGAGACGGCAAAGCAUGCGCACGCAUUACGCACCAUCGGGUGCAGUCACGCAGAAGGUUGUCGAAGCCCUGUCCAGCCUCCAACGCCUCGGUGACCAGAGAAGGCACAGUCUGAAAAUUGAAAUCGUACAUCAGGAAGCAGCUUGGGUGAUAGCACUGAUCAAAUGGCUUUUGGGUCGUCCUCCAAAUGUUGAAUAUGGCGGCAGUACUCCUUUGCUAGCAGGAUCACAAGUGACUGUCAUCCCGUGUGAUGAAGGCUUUGAAGGUGAUACCGACGACUGGGACCUUGAUCAGCGGCUCCAAAUUACUGUCUGUGACCGAUUUGACAACAUUCUGGAGCUGAUCACAGCGGGAGACCCUAACCAAGAUUUCAUCGGGUUAGUGCCGGUGACCAGACUUGCUGAGUCUUUCGUACAGUACUUUGGUCCCCAAGACUCUCCACGGUGGCUAGCUGCCGUUGACAUGAUCUCUUACGGAUGCUCGGCACUCUUGAGACACGUUCGAAAAGGAAAAGAUGACAAAGUGAGUCGGCUCUGUCAUGGACUGCCUGGUGAUACCUCUGUCAAGACAACUGCCAAAUACCCCUUUGAGUCCGAUAUCUCAGAAACAAUGGCACGAUUCUUAGGACUAGAAUCGACAUUCAUGCUCAAGAAACACCCUCCACACUACUCUGAGCACAUCGAGGCGAUACAAGAACUUCAACGAGAAUUCCUUGAUCUCGAAGACGAUAUAUUAGUUGUCAAAAAAUGUAUCGCAACCAUUUUUGCCCUGUCGCUGUUCGUUCCAAACCCCAGUCUGCCGCCACUAUCUGUUCUUUACGAGAGUCCCGGAUGGACAUCAAGAGAUGGAUUUGAAAGACCAAGAUUUCUUCACGAACGUCUUUGGGGUAUCUUGCAGGAUAUCGAUGUUGCUAUUGACGACAGAGCAGGAGUCGACAGAGAGAGAAAUGACACCUCCAACAACAACUUCGAUGCAUCCCCACGUCAUCUUUUCCAGUCUGCUCUCCGGCUCCUUGGUCACCAGGUUUCUUCGGCGGAGUCGCUGGCCAUGUCCAGUUUCAGCGGCCAGACCGUCUUUCCCGAGAUCUUACAUAGCCUGGAGCUGCAGCACGAGAGCCGUGUACGGCUCUUCUACAUGCACGGCGUAUCUUGUGGAAGAGUGAUAAAUACAGCCAGGUCACAACGCACCAUUAUACGGACAGUGGCGAACGCUAUGAUGACAUGGGAUUGCUAGAAAGGGGCAAUGCUACACCACAGCCUCUGAGCUUGGAGAAAGACGUGCCCUACGAUGGUUUCACGAAAUGCGAGUUGACAUGGCAAGUCGAAUGCCGCUACGACAAGCUAAGCAUUGCGCUGGGUUCCAAUUCCAACAAAGAUGAGGUCAAUCCAAUGGUACCAUUCACUACGAUGGACGAUGUGUUCUUUGUUGACUGCACGCAUGAUCGCUAUACACGGUUUCCAUUCACUGACGGAUACUAU